GAGAAAUGGAUACCCUUAUAUACCUGUUUCUCCAUUGAUUGCUUCUAUGUUCGCUCGAAGGAUAGAAAUAGAUCAUCUGCCUUGAUUACCCAUCGAAAGGGAGUGUCGUGUUCCCAACGCAUGGUGAAAGAUCGCAGCGAAAGCGGCCAUUCUCCUCAUCUGGCAUCAUACACCGACAUGCGCCUCCUCCACAGUAAGCAGCUGAAUUUUAUACACGAUGUAUGCCAUCCUAUUCUGCCUAUGCGUUUAGCAUCACUUGGACUCUUGAAUCCCAAUAAUGAGGACAACUGA